AUGGUCGAGACAUCCAAUGAACACCGAAGGCCUCCGCCUCUGAACACGCGGAAGGGUCCGGACUCGACUUUGGAGGAUAUUUCCGAAAACGAUCAAGACCAAAGCUCGGAAUUGGCCUCGCCAACGGCAGAACCCAUCAACAACUAUCCAUCCUUCAUCAGUCUGGAUCGGAAGGAAGGACAACGGAAAAAGCCCGUUUUUCCGGAUUUUGAGAGCACGAGAAGUCGGGCCGUUUCGGGGGCGCAGGUCCCAACAGCAGACUCUACAGCUUCGUUAUCAAGUGCAUCUUUCAGAGAAACAGACGAUAGUACAAUUGCCGAUCAGACACACUCAUCCAAGUAUAUAGGCCAACGAGUGAGUCCCUCGUGGGCUCUGGCUGAUAUCCUACAAGUUUUGGGCGACAAACACACUUUUUGGGACGAAUUGAUAGACAAGACCAACGAUUUGGUGGAAUUAUUGGAAGAAAAUAAGUCUUUGCAGAAAGACUUAGUUUUCUCGUCUGUUCUCAAUGUGAUACAAAGACUACUGCUCAGUGACAAUGAAACUGUUGUUGCUUGUGGAUACAGGAUCCUACGCUAUGUUUUGACCGAUGUCGAAGACAUGGUAGCGUUCAAUAGAUGGGACCUACAUUUCUUCAUUAUUGCAAGCUUAUCAAGAGACUAUAAGAGAACGACAGAACGACGGGAAUGUUUAAUGCUAAUUGGACAGAUUGUUGAGAUCGAAAACGGAUUGGACGAGUUCUCAAUUGGAUACGUUCGAUCUCUUGUCAAUAUGAUGGAAAGCACGUCUGAUCCACUUCGACAUCCUGCUUUUGAACUAUUGGUGAAAGUGAGUAUCUUAAACCCAAAAGUCGCAUACCAAGCCAACGCAAUUACCGCUCUAUUACAUUACAUCAUUGAUGGUCCUGUUUCAUCCAUAGAUAUCUUUGGCGCAGCGCUGCUAAAGCUCUUGGAGCUCCCAACUACUCGCCCGUACAUCAUAGAAUCGCAAAUAAUCCAGCUCUUGGUCUCACCAUUCAUGGAUAUUUCUCACAUCAAGGUGGAAAAUCUACAGAUAAUUGCACAUCUGAUUGCACUCGUUCUCAAGAACUGGUCAGGACUGAUUGCAUUUAGUCAGGAAGACUUUAAACCGCUUAGAGAACUGAUCAGCUGUCUGACGUUCGCCUCAACCUCAAUCAAAAACAUCCUGCUGCAGCUGUUUUUUGAUCUGUUUAGAAUCAAGACCAUGUCUUGGACAGAGUCCGAAGAUACUCACCCUGCAAUAACGCUUUUACAAGAGUCUUCCAAACCAAAUACUGCUUCCAAAUCGACCGUCAAUACAAGAAGCUCUCCCGAAACAGAGGUUUCUCCCGUCAACCAUCAUACUGCUUUGUUACUUCAUAUAUGUAUCAAAUGUGGUUUGGUGGAUCGAUUGAAAUCAAUGUUUGAGGAGACGACGGACAAGAAACAAUCGAAACGCGUGAUGGUGCUGCUUUCCGAGAUCUCAUAUAUGCAAUCGUUCCUUGUUCCAGAGAAACUGACAGUUUCUAUCGCACCAUCUUUCGAGUUGAAUAAACAAAUCGAACUCGAUUUGAGGAAACAUCAUACGACAAACCUUAUAGUUUCUGACAAUGCCCGAGUGAAGGCUUCGGAGAAGCUGUCCAAGGAUUUGAGACUGAAAAUGCUUCGCAACGUUGACGCUGCCGAACUGAAAAAUCUGGUGUCCAAUACUCAUGUUCUUGCCACAAAGGACUAUUAUAAAUGGAACUGGGCCUUAAUAACGGAAUUAAUGCAGGGACCACUGCAAGACUCGAGGAAUUUUGAAGAGACCGCAAAGACCACCAAAUUUUACAAAAGACUCAUGUCUUUCUAUCGUCCAUUCAAGUAUAGGUUUUCAUCUUUACGCAAAACGAAAAGCAACCUGGUGUUUGUGAAAGUUGGGUGCGAAAUCUUCAAGAAUCUGCUUUCCAACGCCGAAGGUGUGAAAUAUCUUACCGAAAACAAGAUUCUUCCCCAGAUCGCUGAAUGCCUGGCUCAAGUGGAUCCUCAUAGUGGUAUCACCGCAAGUGAUCCUCUGUUCUCAAAAGCCAAGCUCGAAAAUACCAUUAGCUAUGGGUAUUUUUCGUUUUUGGGAGUUUUGUCUGCGGAUCCAAAUGGACUGCGGAUGUUGGAACAAUGGUGGUUCUUUGAUAUGCUUUACCAUAUCACCGACCACAAGAGCGAAAGGCCGGAUCUUGUGAGGGUGAUUGUCAAGGAAAUGAAGUACAACGCUAACAGCCACAUGCGAAUCAUAUUGAACAAAGUGGCCAACACCUCCAACACGUCCCUGAGACUGUAUUCUGUCAAGCUUCUAUCUACUCUCCUGGAAGCUGAGGAGUGUGAAAAGUUUGCUUGUGAAUCGUUGGUGGGUCAACUUUGUGAUCCAGAGGUUCAAAUCAGAGACUUGGCGGUGGAAUAUCUCACCUCUUUUGCUAAAGAUGAAGACAAAAUCAUUGAGAUUAUCAAGCAUAGACCUUCAGUUGAUGUUCUCGGAAGCAGUGGGGUGACUCUCAUGCUCAUGAUUCUUUCCACGCGGUCUGGAUUCGAGUACUUGCAAGAAUGCGAUUUCGUCGACAUGGAAAUGGAGGCCUGGAUCCAGACCAAGAACAAGCUUUAUGUCGAUCAGAUUGAGACGUAUCUUGCUCACAAGUUCUACAACGAGCCUGUGAGUGGCGACCUGCCUUAUCAUUUCUUUGGAGAGCUGGUCAGAACCAUUGAGGGGCUCCAUUUGUUUGAGAACACUGGAACGUUUGACUCGUUUUGCGGGGUAGUCAGUUCGUAUUUGAACCUGAUAACGUCGGCUCGUGAAACUGAGUACUACGAGAAGACACCUAUCAACGAGCAGGAGGAUUUUGUUGCAGACCUAAAGUCUGUGCUAUGGGCUAUUGGACACAUUGGUUCGUCUGAUUAUGGAAUCUCUCUUUUGGAGAUUUCGGGUGUUGUUGAGGAUAUUGCCACCAUCUGCAAGCAGUCUCAAAAUGCCUCCAUCAAAGGCACUUGUUUCUUUGUGCUGGGGCUAAUCUCGCGAACCGAGCUCGGUUCCGAAAUGCUUGACGAUGUUGGCUGGUACAGUAACACUGGGCGGACUGGUGACCAAGGAGUGUGUUUGCCAAAGCAUUUGACCGAUUUCCUGUAUGUGGAUAAGACGGAUGGGUCUUUGGUUGACUUGGAAACUGUUCCUGAAUCUGCGUUCAACGAUGACUUUGACAGAAUCAUGGAGCAAGACUUUGUUCCUUACCAUAACAACCAAAAGACGCUGACGAGAACGAACUCGUUAAGCAUGGUGACGGGAGGUUUGGGAACAAACAACGUCCAUUCAACAAUUUACUCGCGAGAUUACCAGAUACUGAAACAGCUUUACAAUAACCUGUUAUUGCUACCUGUCAAUCAGGGCAAGGCGAUUGGCAACUUGAACAAACUUAAGGCCAGAUUUGCAACCAUUUUCGAGUCCGAGCCGGUGGUCCUGAAGCUGAUCAUGCGGGUUGUUGAAAAAUAUCGUGUGAAAUAUGGCGUGAAACGAUUUCUUCUUGGAGAACUGAUCGACUUCAAUAGUCUGAUGGAGCUACUUUUACGGCACCACAGAAAAAGAAGCAAAGAUUUCCCAUCGUCCGGGAUGGCCCCUCAAUUGGAACCGUCCAAAUCUGUGCAAAAUAUCACAUCUUUGUCACGGACCGCAAAUCGGAGACUCUCCAUCUCGUGA